CCAACCACUCCACACCUAAAAGCCCUCUAAAUUUCCAAUAUUUAAACCUCUAUUACUUUCUACCAUCAAUCUCCUUUCUGUUCCGAUUUCUUCGCUUGUUCACGUAUAAGGUACGUAGAGAUCUUGUUUUGGCAUUGAGCGAUUGAUUUGAAUAAGUCGAUCGCUCAUAAUUUGUUGUUGUUCGUCUAUUCUUUUGGAGAAUUGUAGUUUGUCGAAAAAACAGAAUGGCAGAAGAACAAAGAAUACAAGAAGCAGGAGGGCAUAGGCUUUGUGCAAACAAUUGUGGAUUCUUUGGCAGCCCAACAACUCUAAACCUCUGUUCCAAAUGCUAUAAGGAUCAUUGCAUGAAAGAACAACAAUCACGAGCGGCCAAACUUGCAAUGGAAAAGACUCGCCCCCAACCACAACAACAACAACAACAACAACAAUCUGAAUCAAUAUCUUCGUACACGCCACGCGUGGAGCCAUUGCCAAUUCUUGAAGUCUCACAACCACGUCAUGUGGUCGAGACUGGGGCCCCUCAGGUACAGUUGGAUACUUCAUGUGGGUCCCCUAAGGUGCAAUUGAAUAUUGCAGCCGAGGCCCCCCAGCUGCAGUUGAAUACUGCAGCCGAAGCUCCUCAGGUGCAAUUGACUACUGCAAACGAGACCCCUCAGGUGCAGUCAAAACGGUGUGCCACGUGUCGGAAGCGGAUUGGUUUAACGGGUUUCAAGUGUAGGUGUGGGGUCACAUUUUGUGGUUCACAUAGGUACCCUGAACAACAUGGUUGUACCUUUGACUAUAAGUCAAUGGGAAGGGUGGCCAUUGCCAUGGCUAAUCCAUUGGUUAAGGCUGAGAAGCUUCACAAAAUUUGACUCAAUUAAUUAAUUAAGGAGAAUUAAUUUGAUCAUUUGGUCCAUGAACUGGUUGAUCAAACGACCAAGAUGUCGUUUUGGUGAUGCUCAUGGAUUGAUGAUUUAUAAUAUGGAGUUGUUGCUAACCACAAGCUGGUGGAUGGGCUUUGAAUUAUACAUUUUCUUUAAUAAUAUAAGUUAGGAUAUUUUAUUGGUUCUUUAAUAAUUAUACUUUAGGAUAUUUUAUUGGUUCUUUAAUAAUUAUAAUAUAUGGUAGGACUUUGGUUUC